AAAGGGAACGCCGCGCAGGAAACGAGGGUCAAGAUGUCCAUCUUCUCGCGCAUGAGGAAGAGCCGCCAACAGGCCAAAGAACACAAUGCGAAGAUCGCCGAGCAGGAGAAGAAGGAGACAGAAAAGACUCCCUACAAGCAUGUCCCCACGCACGCUGCCACGGAUGCCAUCGCCAGCGCGCCGCCUAGCUGGCGAGAGGCCGAUCGACAGAAGAUCCAGGAACAGAACCGGCGGAGGAGCGCCAUGGCUGCGUCCGGCCACCACAUGAACAUGCCCGGCGCCCCUCGCGUUGGCAGCAGCCUGUCCCAUGUCUCGUACCCCACGGACAAGAGUGCCACCCCCAUGGUCCGCUUGCCCCGAGCGUACAGCUACACAGGUGUCUCACCCUACUCGGCAAGCUACAGCCGCGAGAUCGCCGGCUCCAUGCCCGACGUUGGCUCGCAGUUUACGGCCUACGCCGCUUCGGCCAAGGGCAAGGAGGCCGUCCGGGUGUCUGUGUCUGGCUACAACACGUCCCGGACCAGCCCAACUUCCUCACAAGAAGAAUCAGAGAGCUCCAGCGGCUCUACGAGUUCUCAAGAUGAUCUCGAGAUGAGGCUUGCUCGCCCUCCCGUGGUGCGGGCUCCCCCACCGCCUACUGCUGCCGAGAGGGGUCGUCGACCGCGGCCGGGCCAUCGCCGCCCAUCUGACUCUUCAAUUGAGCGAAUUGCCAUGGCAAACUCGGCAAAGGGAGCCGCUCGAGAUUCCCGCCCUCCUACUUCCAUGAGGGGCUUCGGUUCUAUUGCGUCUAUUGCGCCCAUUGUCAAUGCGCCCACCCCGAUCCUGCGGACUUAUACCCACCCGCAGGUUGACUUGCUGAGCUCGCAGCAAAAGUCCGAAACUUCUCUCCCCAGCACCCUCAAUGCCAGCCUCAACACCUCUGCCACCACUCUUACGUCUACUUCCACUCCUGCAUCGACAGACCGCAACCCCUCCCCGGAACACAACGGCAAGACUUCCAAGGAGCGUAAAGCUGCCAAGGUCACUCGAUUCACAGAGCUGGAGCGAAUCGAGUCAGGUGCUGAAGCGUUGACGGCUGCAACUCCCAAGAGCGAACCCCAGCCCGCCGUCACUCCUGCUCCCAUUGUUGCUGCCGCUGUCCCCGCUGCUGUCAAUGCCCCAAUCCCUGCCCCCGUCCCUGCCCCCGUUGUUAAGCAGUCCAUUGUCAUCAACGUCUUCCCAGAAGAAGAUUCCGUCCCACAGCCUGAAUCUACAAAAAAGUCCAAGAGAUUUUCCAAGAGCGGAGGCAAGCUUUCCAAGAAGUCUCUCUGGGCUAGCUCAAAAGCACCUGCUGUCACUGUUUAA